UACACCGAAGGCAUGAAGGUUCUUUUUGUAACUCUGGUUUAUAUUCCAUUCAUGACUGCUCUGAUAAGGAUUCCGCUAGUUCAGUUUAAUUCUAUCCAAACUGUACUUCGAAAAGGAGGACAACUAGAGCAAUUUUGGAGGAAUAAUUUACCUGAAAGUUUUGCUCAGAAGUACCAUCCUUGCUUUCCAUCUGAUAUUCUUUUGUCCCUGAGAACUGCAAAGGAAAAACUUCAUAAUUACAUGAAUGCCCAAUACUAUGGAGAAGUGAGCAUUGGCACUCCCCCGCAGAAAUUCUCUGUGAUAUUGGACACUGGAUCUGCUGAUUUUUGGAUACCAUCAAUAUAUUGCAUGAGUGAUGCUUGUUUAAAACACAACAAAUUUGAGUCAUUUCUGUCACAUUCCUACAAACAUGGAGGGCGACAAUUUUCUCUGCGAUACGGUACUGGGCACCUCAUGGGCAUUUUUUCCAAAGAUGUGGUCCAGAUUAGCAACAUUUCCAUUGAGGCCCAAGACUUUGGUGAAUCUCUCUUGGAGCCAGGCAGCACCUUUGUCUCUGCACGUUUUGAUGGGGUGUUGGGCUUGGCAUAUCCUAACUUGUCAGUGGUGGAUGCUGUUCCAGUCUUUGACAAUAUGAUGAAGCAGAAUUUGGUUGAAGAGCCUGUGUUUUCCUUCUUUCUUAACAGAGAUGGCACCAAUGAUGGAGGUGAAUUGAUAUUUGGAGGCAUAGACCAUUCACUCUACCAUGGACCCAUAUAUUGGAUUCCUGUCAGUCGGAAAAUGUACUGGCAGAUUCCUCUUGAAAAUGUGAAAAUCCAGGGACAGAUCGUAGCAUGUAAAAAUGGCUGUGAAGCUAUUGUAGAUUCAGGAACCUCUCUUAUUACUGGUCCAUUACUAGAUAUUAAAAAACUACAAGCAAAAAUUGGAGCUGUCCCCAGUUCUUCUGGAGAGUUUCUUGUGGACUGCAGGAGACUUUCCAGUCUGCCCUCAAUAAGCUUUACCAUUGGGCAGAAAGAAUUCACAUUAACAUCAAAGCAAUAUAUAAUUAAGGAAAACAGUGGAAAAGAGGCCUUGUGUUUCAGUGGUUUCCAAUCGCUGGAUCUCAUCUCUAAAGAAGGACCAUUGUGGAUUCUAGGAGAUGUAUUUAUGUCGGGUUUUUACUCUGUUUUUGAUCGUGGACAUGAUAGAGUUGGCUUUGCUAAAUUAGCUCAUAAAGGAAGGAAAAGAAAUCAACAGAAAUAGUAAAAGCAGCAUAGGUAGAGAUAAUAUUGAUAAUUUUGCCUUUCACACAAUGAACAAGAAUUGUUUUUGAUAUGUGGAGAGAGAAUGGGGAGAAGGUGUAAAAGGAUUUAACUAUAUCGGGAUACCACUUUUACAGCUUGAUUCUGAUCCUUCUGUGGUCAUAAUGGAGGUGUAGCAACUCUUUCCAACCUAUUGACUGUCAGGGCUAACCGGGUGACUGAUUGGAGAUCUAUUUAUGAUUGAAACCUCACUACCUAUUAGGUAGCCAUAUUAGAAAUAGCUGAAUAAAGUCUUCAAAAGUCAUAAAGCUGAGCCAUUUGGCUUACCUAAUUUAUAUUUACUUGGAUCAUGAUGUAUGUCUCUUUGUCCACCUGUCAUCUGGUCAUAUAGUUUGUAUUACAAAGAUUAUAGUUCUUAGUCUUAUUUGUAUAAGAGACUAGAAAUGGCUGUCUAUUUCAUACCUGUCUUGAGUAAACGUCAUAAUUUUUUUUAUUAUGAUUUGUUUGUAUAAUUCAAAGCAUUUCAGGCACCCUAUUCUGAGCAUCUUUACUUACAUAGAAAUCAAAAUUCAAGUUGUCAUGCCUUUACUUAAGCAACAUCAAGCAGGGAUGAGUUUUAGAGAUAAUCUUCACUGAUAAAUACUCAGAAUUUACUGACAAAUGAAUUAGGCUGUUACAAAAAGAAAGAAUGCCAGUUUCUUGAAGUGUGAUUAUCCUCCCUCUUUCCUACUCCUUU